CUUUGCUGCUGCUGCCGCCAUCUUGAUCUGUGGGGGGACGUCGAGUGAGUUGCACAGCUGUGGAGUCGAUGUCCACGUGGUAUCGUGAGCACGUGGCAACAGCAGCAGCCGCAGCUUGUGUGUGUCAAGGCCACGGGAGGGCUGCUGGUUCUUGCUGGAAUUCUCACGACUGAUGACGAUUGCUUGUUAUGAAUCCUUGCAGUCGCGAAAGCUUCAAAUCUCCAAGAUAUCAAAAUGGACGAGCAGUGCAUGCAUCAGGACGGUGAGGAGCUGCAGCAGCAGCAGCAGUCUCCAAACAAUCGGAAGGCUCCUUCACUCACCAUGCAGAAUGCAGCUCAGUCUGUGCAGCAGUAUCCUCCUGCCUUGGCAGAGGCAGCAACCCAGACUUGUCAGUCUCCACAGGCUCAGCCAGUUGAGCACACCCCACAAGUGCCUAAGGUGUCCACUUCUGGCAGCAGUCAGCGAGCGAGUGGAGAGGCGGCUUCUGAUACGAACUCCCAAGGCUGCGUGAAAGUGGUGCACGACAUGCUGAUGACUGCAAGCAACUGUGGCAGCAAUUGGCCAUCCGACCAAGAAGACAUAUUUCGCCUCCUGGUGCAUGGGAGAGAACAUUUUGAAAUAUUAAAGAAAAUCAAGGAAAACCUGGAGCUAAUCCGAACGCUGCCCACGGAUGCCAAUGUGUUGCGCAACCUGCAGCAACAACAAUACGUGACGGAAUUGCGUGGCAGGCCGUCCAACCUCAGCCGACACGGCAGCGAGUGUUCACAGGAAGUCUUGGCCGGCAGCCAGGGACCCUCCAGUGCGGGCGAAGGUUCCUCAUCAGGCGUUGCACAGGAUGUUGUGACGGGUGAAGCGAGUGGAUCCAAUGGUCCCCCACGGCCACCGGACGGAGACAACCCACGGGCCCGGCUUGGAACCCUGCCGGACAGCGGCAAGCCUGGCAACGCUCUUUACAACUUCCUGAAACAAAUAGACUGCUUGGAGUUUUUGGAGAAUUUCACUUCACGUGGAUUGUCGAGUGUCCAACAGCUGAUGAACGUCACUCUGCAGGACUUGGAUGAACUGGGAGUCCCAGAAGCCAAAAAGCGACUGCUAUUGAGUGGAAUCGAAGAGCAUGGCGUGUCCACCACGAUCUCCAGCGAGACGACGCUGCAGCGCUCGUCCAGUGAAGAGACAGUCCACCUCAGCUCCGAGGACGACGACGAUGACGGCAUCGACACCAAGGACGGCAUCCGUGCCAAAGUGUUCCCAGCGCUGCGGCCCUCUGGCAGUCAUCUGUCCUCCGUCGGCAAUCGGUAUCGCAAAAGCAGCAUUGCCAAAUACAAUUUGCGAGCGCACGCUCGCCAAGCCGUUGACUUUCCUCGUUCUCGCAGCUGGGGAGGCAGUAGCAGCCUGGAGGUGCCCAGGAGCAAGAUGCCAAGAUUGUCUUCAUGCUCUGACAUCGAAGAAGAAGAGGGGCUGGAGUGAGAAGAGGAGGGGGGUGAGCGAUAGAUGGAUGAUGGUGGGAGGUUGUGUGGGCCAUGGGUUGCACUUUGUAUGAAAAGCCCUUGGGGUAAAUAAGCUGGUGUCUUUCGAUUGAAAGCUUUCGUGACUGCAGGGAUUCAUCUUCUUGGUUCUUUCAGUAAAGUCACGGUCGACAGACCUGUUCUCCACCUGA